GCUCAGAGGAGGAGGAGGAGGAGGAGAAGCCGGAAGUGGUGCGCGAGCAGAUCCGUGAAGACGCAGCGCACCUUACGGCAUCGGAGCAGAGAAGGGUCGCUCACUGGACCGGCACACCGGGACAGGACCGGGACAGGACCUGCUCCAGACUGCAGUGAGAAAAUGGAGGACAUCACUCCAUUAUUUCUCAAGCUGAGGGACUGAAUUACAGCAGCAGCAGCAUGGCCGAUGUCUCAGACUCCUCCAUCCAGACAGCAGAGGCUACAGUUUAUUGCAAACUGUGUUUGAGUGACUGUCCUGCACCAGAGACGAGCACGUUACGCUCCUGUGACUGCGUGUUCUGUACCCAGUGCUUACGUCAGUAUGUGCAGUUGGCCAUAAGGGACGGGGCUGGCACUCCCAUCACCUGCCCUGACGUGGCCUGCAAGCGCCCUGGAGCUCUGCUGGAUUCGGAGAUCGCCUCCUUUGCCUCUGGUGAUCAAGUCAAGUUCUACCAGCGGCUCAAAUUUGAAAGAGGCAUUUCCAAGAUUCCUUAUGUUCCUGAUGCUGGUGUGAGAGAUGUGCUGUGUUUCAAAUAUUAUAAUGCAUCAGAGGUUUUGCUGGGCAGGACGAUGGAGGAUUGGCUCCGAUUCUCCGUGUGUUACUGGCACUCGUUCUGUGGAACUGGUGCUGAUCCAUUUGGAUCUCCAACCCUGCACAGGCCUUGGAAUGAAGGAGAAAACAACAUGGAGAUCGCAAAGAAAAGACUCAGCGCUGCAUUUGAGUUCUUCACCAAACUUGGUGUAAAGUACUACGCUUUUCAUGACAGGGACAUGGCCCCUGAGGGACCCACUCUGGAGGAGUCCAAUAGGAACCUGGAUGAGAUAACAGACCUGGCACUGGAGCUGCAGAAGCAGACUGGAGUGAAAGUGCUGUGGGUCACCUGCAACCUGUUUGCUCAUCCCAGAUAUAUGAACGGAGCUGCAAGUAAUCCAGACUGCCAUGUGUUUGCCUUUGCUGGAGCUCAGGUGAAGAAAGGUCUAGAGAUCGCCAAGAAACUGCAGGCUGAGAACUUUGUGUUCUGGGGAGGUCGUGAAGGCUUCCUCUCGGCACUCAACACAGACGUGGCGGCUGAACUCAAGCACAUGGCCAGAUUUUUCAAAAUGGCCGUGGCUUAUAAAGAGAAGAUCGGCUUAAAAUGCCAGUUUCUCAUUGAGCCCAAGCCGAAAGAACCGUGCAAGCACCAGUAUGACUACGAUGCGAUGAGUGUUAUUGGGUUUCUUAAGCAUUUUGGACUGGACAAAGAUUUCAAACUGAAUAUCGAGCCGAAUCAUACGACCCUGGCUGGACAUUCUUAUGAACAUGACAUCAUCAUGGCCUCUGUGUUUGGCAUGCUGGGCUCUGUGGACGCCAACACAGGCUCUCCUGACUUGGGCUGGGACACGGAUCAGUUCCCCAUGGACAUCAGAAAUACGACCUUGGUGAUGAAGGCUGUUAUUGAGCAGGGUGGCCUGCAGCCUGGAGGUUUAAAUUUCGAUGCCAAGGUCCGGAGGGAAUCCACUGAUCUGGAGGAUUUGUUCAUCGCUCACAUUGGCGCCAUGGAUGCAUUCGCUCGAGGUCUCAGAAACGCAGCCAAGAUGAUUGAGGAAGGAGUUAUGCAAAAUAUGCUGCGGGAACGCUACAUGAGCUUCAGCCAUGGAAUUGGACAGAAGGUAGAAGAGUCCAGUUGCUCAUUGGAGGACCUCGAGGAGUUCAUCAAACAGAACGGAGAGCCAAAAGUGACAUCAGGGAAACAGGAACAAUAUGAAGCAGUCUUUAAUCAGUACUUGUGAGAAUGCAGUCAUUUUGUACUGUAUGAAUAAAUCUGGAUCUGUGAA